AGUGCUUCAAAGGAAGGUGAUUGGGACAUUCAACUACAGUUUCAGCCCCCAAACAGUCCAGACUUGAAUGUCCUUGACCUUGGUUUCUUUAGGUCAAUAGAUGCUUUGUCAGACAAGACUGCACCAAGAAGUCCUUUCCAAUGGGGUAUCAACCCCCGCGUCCUCCAUUUCAAAAUCUGGUUCUUCUGCUGCAAUCAUGCAAAGAACCCUCAGAAAUCCGUCAAAUCCAUGGCUUCAUGAUCAAGGCAGGCUUUGACCUCGUCCCCUUCCUUCUCAGCAAGCUCCUCGCGAAUUCGAUCCAUGACACGAGCUAUGCAGCCAAGAUCUUCAAAUACAUUAAAAGCCCAAAUCUUUUCAUGUUUAACACCAUGCUCAGGAGCUACUCAAUCAGUGAUGACCCGAGAAGAGCCCUAGUGCUCUUCAAUCAGAUGAGGGCACAAAACUUAUUGCUUGAUCAGUUCUGCUUUGUUUCCGCCCUAAAAUCUUGUACCCGGGUUCCGGCAUUGUGGGCUGGUUUAUCUGUUCAUUCAGUUCUCUUGAGAUCUGGGUUCGUCUUGUUUCUCAAAGUGAUGAACAGUCUCUUGCAUUUUUACUGUGAAAGUGGCUGGAUAGGUGAUGCCCACCAACUGUUUGAUGAAUUUCCCCUGAAGAGAGACUCGGUAUCUUGGAACACCUUAAUGGGCGGGUAUCUAUGCGUACACAAAUAUGGGAUUGUGGUAGAUCUAUUCAAACAGUUGCACAGAGAUGGAAUCGAUGUUAGUGUUACUACAGUUUUGAACAUUUCAUCUGCCAUUGGCGAAUCAAGUGGCAGGGUUUUAGCAGAGUCUAUACACGGGUAUUGCAUCAGAAGUGGUUUUUCUAUGAAUUUGAACGUGGGUACUGCUUUGGUUUCAAUGUAUGGAAAAACAGCCAGCAUUGAUUCGGCGCGUAAAGUGUUUGAUGAAACCGCUGCAAAAGACAUUGUGAUGUGGAACAGUUUGAUAUACGGAUAUGCGAAAAGUGGAAUUUUGGGCGAAGCUUUCCGUUUGUUGAGGUCAAUGAUGUUGCACGGAGUGAUUCCCAAUUCAUCUACCUUUGUAGGACUGCUUUCAGUUUCUAACCCUUCUGAUGGUCUGAGUGUAGGCCGAUUCGUCCAUGACUACAUAAAAGAACAGCAAGUACCGUUGGAUGCCAAUUUAGGAACAUCACUUAUAGACAUGUACACAAAGUGUGGUUUGCUAAAACAAGCAGUUGAAGUUUUUGAAAACAUAGAGAGGAAAGACGCUAUUUGUUGGACCUCUAUGAUUUUCGCAUACGGGGUGCACGGGCAAGCAGAAAAAGCCAUUUCCCUCUUUCGCAGAAUGGAGGAAGAAGGGUGUGGGCCCAACGAAGUCACAUUCUUGGCAGUGCUGAGCGCGUGUCGCCAUGCGGGAUUGGUUGCCGAGGGCAAGAGCUUUUUCAAAAAAAUGAUAGAGAAAUAUUCGUUUUCUCCAAAGGUUGAGCAUUAUGGAUGUGUGAUUGACCUCUUUGGUCGCGCCGGGUUGUUAGAAGAAGCCAAAAAGGUCGCAAACAGCUUACAAGUUAAGGACAGCGAUGCGACUGUGUGGCGUACGCUUCUGGCAGCAUGCAGAGUGUAUGGAAAUGUAAGUUUAGGGGAAGAAGUGAAGAGAGAAUUGGAAGGGAGAUUUGAUGAACAUCCAGCUGAUUCGGUCACCCUUGCAGGUGCCUAUGCCAUUGCUGGAAGAAUGGGAGAUCACGCGAACAUGUGCCAGAAGAAUCCAGUAGAAGGGCAAAAAUGCUCUGUACUCGGAAAGAAGGAAGUCGGAUUUAGUAGAGUUAUCUAAGGCGGGCGAACACAUUAUAACUAAUUUACCUAAUAUUUAGAUGAAAACACACACAAGAUAGUACCCAUUGGGGUGAGUUC